CUUUUAUGUUAUUUUAUCUUAUUUUAUUGAGUACCAAACAUAGCUUUAAGAUUUUUAGUCGGUUUAAAAAAAAAAAAAAAAAAAAAUUAAGUGUGACUGAGGAUAAUACUGGAAACUCAAGAGUCGAUUGUCUUUCGGCAAAAGAGGAGUUCGACCGGAAAGGAAGAUCUUCUUCCUCUGGGCGAAGAGAGCAGCGGCGGAAAUCCAAAAGACCAGCGGGGAACCAGGGAUUGAGUUCGACUUCGAAGGAUGCGAUGCUAGUAGUCGACUCGCUGUGAGAAUCUCGAACCAGUGUACUUGGUCAUCUGGUGGCUGGGCUUUCUACAAAAAGAAAUUUAUUCUCAUUUAAAAAAUGGGUGCGGAGGAUUUUCUUGCCCUCAGCACAGGAAAUGGUUCUAGCAGUGGCAGUGAGAAAAAUCAAUUGCAUGAUUCCAACAGUCAGCCAAGUGAAGCUGAUUUUCUUGUUAAAGAGGACAUUGUCAAUGGGGAGACGUCAGAACAAGUUGAGGCUGAUGGUGACAAUGAAUAUUGGCAACCUGAAGAAGAUAUGGACUUAGGAUCUCCUGAUUUGCAAGAGAAAGGAGGGGAGUUGACUGAAACUGUUGCUGUAGCUGUAGCUGAGACAUCUAAAGUCGAAGUAUAUUAUGAAAAUGGUUUUUCCGAAAAUGUGAAUGCCAUUGGCAGCCAUAGGAUAGAUGAUAGCUCUAUAUCAGGUGUUAAGAGAGCACGAUUGACAUGUGACGACCAGCAGCCAUCGGUGCAUGUCAUAUAUAAAUCUUUAGCAAGAGACAGCAAAAGGAAGCUUGAGGAACUUUUACUGCAGUGGUCAGAGUGGCAUGCUCAGCAUUACUCUUCCUCCAAUGACAUGAAUGAUGCGUCGGAAUCUGGUGAAGAGACCUACUUUCCAGCUAUAAAUGUUGGUGCAGCAAAAUCUUCCCCAGUGUCAUUCUGGAUUGACAACCAAGCAAGGAAACAGCAAAGAAAGGAGUUCCUGCCAUUGGAUGGUGACACUGUACCUCUUUAUGACCGUGGAUAUGCACUACUCUUGACUUCUACAGAUGGUUCAACUAACUUGGAGAGUGGGUUGGAAACAUUUGAGGCCCCACGUUGUUUCAAUUGUGGCUCCUACAACCACUCUUUGAAGGAGUGCCCAAAGCCUCGUGACAAUGAUGCUGUCAAUAGCGCUCGCCAGAAGCACAGCUCCAAAAGGAACCAAACUGGUGGUCCUCGUCAAGCAACCCGGUAUUAUCAAGAUACUCCAGGUGGGAAGUAUGAUGGUCUGAGACCAGGUGUUCUUAGUGCUUCAGCAAGAGAAGCUAUGGGUAUAGGGGAGUUUGAUCCUCCUCCAUGGCUGUUCAGAAUGCGUGAAUUGGGUUAUCCGCCGGGAUAUCUUGAUCCAGAUGAAGAUCAGUCAUCAGGGAUUAAAAUAUAUGCUGAUGAGGAAAUUAAAAUAAAUGCUGAUGAGGAAAGUAAGGAAGAUCAGGAGGAUGGAGAAAUCUUUGAAAGACAAGAUCUGGAGCCAAUUGCACCACAGUUAAAGUUGAAGAUGAGUGUUGAAUUUCCUGGAAUAAACGCACCAUUACCUGAGAAUGCAGAUGAACGACGUUGGGCAAGUCCACCAGGGGGUUCAAGUCUUGACUUUUCAAGGAACCGAUCGCACCAAAGGUCAAGUCGUUCAUCACGUAGCUUCGGAAAUGGGCAGUACCAUGAUCAAGGGUGGUCCAGAAACCAUCGAGAUGAUGGCCCCCCUGGCUGUGACAGUCCCUCCUUAUCUGGUAGCACAAGUGAGUCUCAGAACCCCGGAGGUAUUCCAAUACCUAGAAGCCCAAGUUUAGGGAGGCCUCUGUCUGAUAGAGGGAGGAGGAGCCCUUUGGUCCGUGAAGGUUCCCCUAAUCACAGUCCUUAUAGUUCUUUGCCAUAUUCAUCCCCCAAUCCAAUGUUGUCACCGCAGAAUUACAGCUCACCUUCUUUUGAGAAUAGGAACUAUGAAAGUCAAUACUCCAGCUUUAAUUCAUCUCCACAUGGGAGGGACAGGUAUAAUCGUCAUCACCACCAUCAUCAUCAAAAUUAUCGGUAAUGAACGACACAGCAGUUUUAUUUCCGCCCUAGAUAGAGUCAACUGCAGAUGUAAUUUGUAGUUCAUUUAUUUGAGAUCUCAUUAUUAAGCACUGGAUUGUUUAUUGAUGCUAAAUCAGAAUGUAAAGUAAUUUCUGUAUUGAUCAAAGAUGAGCUUGUAAGUUGUAACUGAUACCCCUCUUUCAUUAAUGUAUGAAGUCUCAUUUAACAUAAUGUAUUUGUGGAUAAAUAUUAUAGGUGUCCAAUUGAGAUGGCAUCUUUGAUCUCUUUA